UGAUGGUUGGUGAAGCUUUUAAUGAAAAUUUGGAAACGAUUUCGAAACUUUUGGAGAGUGGGGAAGUGUCGAGCAUUGGUGUUUAUGGUAUGGGUGGUGUAGGCAAAACGACACUGGCAAAGCACAUUCACAAUCGACUCCUCCAACACUCUCAGGGACGUGUGAUUUGGGUAACAGUCUCUCAAGAAUUUAGUGUUACGAUUCUACAAGAUAAAAUAGCUCGUUUCAUAGGUUUGGACUUUGUGGGUGAGGAUGAUGAAGAAUUAAGGGCAGAGAGACUCCAUACAACCUUUUCUCGGAUGAAGAAUUCAGUGCUGAUAUUGGAUGAUGUGUGGGAAAAUUUUGAUCUGUCAAAGGUUGGAUGUCCCAUUUCUGUUGAGUGUUGUAGGCUGAUUAUAACUACUCACUCCUUAGAAGUGUGUCGUCAAGUUUUUUGCCAAGAAGUGAUUCAAGUGGAAAUUCUACAUGAUGAUGAGGCAUGGGAAUUGUUCAAUGAAACGCUAAGAAAUGAGAUAGAACUUGAUUCUUCGGUAGAAGAGAUUGCCAGAUCUGUGGCAGAAUUGUGUGGUGGUGUGCCCCUAGGAAUUGUUACAAUGGCUGCAAGCAUGAGGGGGGAGACAACCAUUCAUACAUGGAGAGAUGCUUAUGUAGAAUUAAGAGAACUUGUCUCAGGGAAUGAUGGCAUGGGAGACGGUGAUGUUUAUACAGUAUUGAAAUAUAGUUUUGAUCGGUUGAAUAGGAAUCAUCAUAUUCAGAGUAAUGAGUUCAAUACAUUGCAACAAUGUUUCCUGCAUUGCGCGUUAUAUCCCGACGAUGAAGAAAUAAUGAGAGAGCAUUUGGUUAAAGAGUUCAUCUCAGGAGGGUUGAUGGAUGGAAGAAAGACAAGGAGAGCGCAAGGUGAGCAAGGACAUUCCGUAUUGGACAAAUUAGUGAAUGUGUGCUUAUUGGAAAGGUGUGUUGUUCCCGGUAUGUUUGGUCCUACGGAAUGUGUGAAGAUGCAUGAUCUUGUAAGAAGUAUGGCAUUGAAGAUAUGUAAGGGGAAAUAUAUGGUAAGAGCAGGAUGUAAUUUGAAGAAAUUUCCGAAAGAAGCAGAAUGGGCAAAGGAUCUGGAGAAGGUGUCCUUUAUGAACAAUGGAAUAAUGAGAAUUGAAGAAGGUAUAUCUCCCGACUGUCCUAAGCUCACAACCUUUCUUUUACGGGAUAAUGUUUGUUUGGAGUUUAUUCCAGAUUCAUUAUUUUCUAAAAUGCAAGGACUGCGCACUCUUGAUUUGUGCUCUACUAGCAUAACAAAGCUGCCGAACUCAAUCUGUGCCAUGAAGAGCCUCGAGGCAUUGCUCCUUGAGUGGUGUGAGAGGCUAGAAAAUGUGCCAUACUUGGGAGAGAUGAAAGAACUCAGGGAGUUAAACCUCUCGCACACAGCCAUCGAGGAAGUCCCUGAAGGAACUGAGGAAUUAGUCAAUCUCAAAUUCCUCGGAAUGGAUGCGCCCGAAUUAGAGAUGCUUCCAAGAGGGUUGUUUCUUAAACUGGGGAAUCUUCAGCAUUUGGAAUUACCAUCCCAUAUAAAAGUGGUAGUUGAAGAAAUUGCGAACCUGAAACAGUUAGAGGAGUUUAGCGGAAGAAUGACAACUGUGAAUGGUUUUACUUCUGUUAUAAGAAGAUGAAGGAGCAAUUUCCCUCACCCUCCUGAAAUUUAAAUCCCACAUGAGCUGCCAAGACUGAGGAAGGUGGGGAUACUACUGUCAGGAGUUCUUAACAUUGAAUGAAUUUCUGUGACAGAUUGUGGAGAAAUAGAAGAUGUGUUCGAUGAUGAAGGAACAUGAUGGUUGUGUUGUGUGUUGUUCAAUCAAUCUGCGAUCCGAUGAAUUUAUCUUAACUUAUUGUUUGUGUUGUUACUGUUACAUUGCACAUGGAUUCUGUUUUCGUAAUUCAAUCUAGUUAUCGUGAUUGUGUCUA